GGCCGCAGCUGUGCCGCUCGCGUUUGGGGCUGGAGAGAGGGCGAGAAGCUCGCCGGCGCUUGGGAGCCCAGUCGAGGUCCCAGGGCCGGAGGGGUUGGAGGAAGUCACUCCGAGAGGCUCGCCACGGGUCGAACGAGGGACGGCCCUGGGAGCCGGCGUCCCGCCCCCGGCGGCCUCCUUCCCGGUCCCUCCUCCUGGGCUGCGCGCGGGCGGCCGCAGCUCUGUCUCGGGGGCUGCGGCGGGAACCGUCGAGCGGGCUGGACGGAACCCUCCCUCAGAGGACCCGCUGGAGGAGAAGAGGGAGCGCGGUGGGUCAGGCCGUCAGCUCAGAGGUCAGGCCUCGGGUCGCGCUCCGUGGUCCUCCGUCCUUCGCCCCGCCGUCUUGGCUCGAGUCCGCGCCCUCUCCACGCUGCUCCAGCUUCUGAGUAUGCCACCAAACCCUCUGGCAGGGUGAGCUUUUUUCCUCCUAGCUUUUGCCGGGAGGGAGAUACAUAUUUAAAGGAUCUCCGUCCUCAUUGCCACCCCUGCCCUCUUAAAAGUUUGCCUUCGGUAGGAAUGCUUGUAUUCCUUCCCUGGACCAUUUGAUGAUUCCCACUCCAGCCGCGGCCUGAUUUGGUAACCGGAAUCACCUUCGGAUCAAAUCUUAAGAAUUAAUCACCUACAAAACUCCUCUGCGGAGUUGUUCUCUCCCGCGCAAGAAGGGCAAAUGGACUUUGGCGUUAAGAUGCAGGGGGGUGAACCAGUGUCGGCAAUGAAAGUGUCAGAGAGUGAAGGCAAGCUGGAGGGCCUGGCCGCCGCGGUGACCCCGAACAAGAACAGCGGCAACAGCAGCUGUGGGGGUGGAGUCGGCGGCGGCGGCGGCGGCAGCGGCCGCGGCGGCGGGGCGAAGGGCUGGCAGUACAGUGAUCACAUGGAAAAUGUAUAUGGCUACCUAAUGAAGUACACCAACCUUGUCACUGGGUGGCAAUACAGGUUUUUUGUUUUAAACAAUGAAGCUGGGUUAUUGGAGUACUUUGUGAAUGAACAGUCUAGAAAUCAAAAACCCAGAGGUACUUUGCAGCUUGCAGGAGCUGUAAUAUCACCUAGUGAUGAGGACUCUCACACCUUCACUGUAAAUGCUGCCAGUGGGGAACAGUAUAAACUCAGAGCCACAGAUGCUAAAGAACGACAACACUGGGUUAGCAGACUUCAGAUAUGUACACAGCAUCACACUGAAGCUAUUGGAAAGAAUAAUCCCCCUCUGAAAUCACGAAGCUUCUCACUUGCAUCUAGUGGUAAUUCUCCUAUAUCCCAGAGGAGACCAAGUCAAAAUGCCAUUUCUUUUUUUAAUGUUGGACAUUCCAAACUACAAUCAGUGAACAAAAGAGCUCACUUACCUCCAGACCAUCUUGUGGAAGUCAGAGAAAUGAUGUCUCAUGCUGAAGGACAACAGAGAGACUUAAUUAGGCGAAUUGAAUGCCUUCCUGCUUCGGGCCAUCUUAGUUCCUUGGACCAGGAUCUCUUAAUGCUCAAAGCUACUUCCAUGGCAACUAUGAACUGCUUAAACGACUGCUUUCAUAUUCUCCAGUUGCAGCAUGCAUCACAUCAGAAGGGCUCAUUGUCUUCAGGAACGACAAUCGAGUGGUUAGAACCAAAGAUACCUUUAUCAAACCACUAUAAAAAUGGAGCUGACCAGCCUUUUGCAACUGAGCAAAGUAAACCAGUGGCGGUCCCAGAAGAGCAGUGUGUUGAAGAAUCUGGACCAUUAGCAAGGGAACCUGAAGAAAUCAAUGCAGAUGAUGAGGUAGAGGAUACAUGUGACAACAAGGAGGAUGACCUGGGAGCUGUGGAAGAACAACGUAGUGUCAUCCUGCAUCUCUUGUCACAGCUGAAGCUGGGCAUGGAUUUAACGAGAGUGGUGCUUCCUACGUUUAUCCUAGAGAAGCGUUCCUUGCUGGAAAUGUAUGCAGACUUUAUGUCUCAUCCAGACCUAUUUAUAGCCAUCACUAACGGAGCCACAGCUGAGGAUAGAAUGAUUCGUUUUGUUGAGUACUACCUUACCUCAUUUCAUGAAGGCCGUAAAGGAGCUAUUGCUAAGAAACCGUACAAUCCUAUCAUUGGAGAAACAUUUCACUGUUCCUGGAGGAUGCCAAAAAGUGAGGUGGCGUCCAGUGUUAGCAGCAGCUCUUCCACCCAGGCAGUCACGAAUCAUACUCCUCUGUCGGAGGAGACUUUGAGCCAGGUGGGAUCAGACUGUUACACAGUCAGAUUUGUUGCUGAGCAGGUUUCCCAUCAUCCUCCAGUCUCAGGAUUUUAUGCAGAAUGUGCGGAGAGGAAGAUGUGUGUAAAUGCACAUGUCUGGACUAAGAGCAAAUUCUUAGGCAUGUCCAUAGGUGUGACAAUGGUUGGAGAAGGUAUCCUCAGUCUAUUGGAGCAUGGAGAAGAGUAUACAUUUUCUCUACCUUGUGCAUAUGCCCGGUCAAUUUUAACUGUUCCUUGGGUAGAACUGGGUGGUAAAGUCAGUGUCAACUGUGCAAAAACUGGGUAUUCAGCCAGCAUCACUUUUCAUACUAAGCCAUUUUAUGGUGGCAAACUACACCGGGUUACAGGUGAAGUAAAGCACAACAUCACCAAUACUGUGGUAUGCAGAGUGCAAGGCGAAUGGAAUAGUGUUCUUGAGUUCACUUACAGCAAUGGAGAGACAAAGUAUGUGGACCUGACUAAAUUGGCAGUAACAAAGAAAAGAGUAAGACCUCUGGAGAAGCAAGAUCCAUUUGAAUCCAGGCGAUUGUGGAAAAAUGUGACAGACUCUCUGAGGGAAUCUGAAAUUGAUAAAGCCACAGAGCAUAAACGCACCCUGGAAGAACGCCAGAGGACUGAAGAAAGGCAUCGAACUGAAACAGGCACACCCUGGAAAACCAAAUAUUUUAUUAAAGAGGGAGACGGCUGGGUUUACCAUAAACCCCUUUGGAGAAUAAUUCCAACAGCACAACCAGCAGAGUGAUACACACUAAGACUCGACCAAUGAACUUCUUGCUCUGUUUACCCUAAACCCUCCCAGAACGGAGUCAUUGCACUGAGUGACCGGCUUCCUGAUUGCACAGACUGAAUCUAGCUAAACACGAAUGUACCUAUUAAGGCACCGUAGAACUGCAGCAAGACCAAAGUGUUGAAGAAGCACGAUGGGCCUCUCACCAACCUGUUCCUGUGACAUGAGCAAUAUCAUCUGAAAACCUUUCACGGGAAUUAUUAGAUGAUUAAUCUUUUAUCCAGUCCCUGCUCCUAAAGUUAAGUUUGAAUCCCCUGUUUUUGCAUGGGGGCAGCAGAUACACACAACAGUGAGAACUCAGUGAUUUUGAUUUCUUUACAGUGAAAAGUGAAGUCUGUUUCAGAGUCCAUGCUUUGCUUUCUGUCAGUAACUGAAGUAAUCACUACUCUUACAAACAAACUAAGAGGAGGAGGACGAUGACCCAGAAGUGGAUUCAGCCAUUGUGCCUGAAAUCAGUGUUAAAAAAAAAUCAAGCAGGUUGUAGUAACAAGGCAUUCUGUUCCUUCAACGAGACUGUGUGCCUGUGUCUGAGGAGCUUCUCCAUUAUCCACCUCUGUUGGAACUCUCUUUUAAAAAGUAUAUUUAUAAAUUGAUUAGAAUUAUAACCAUGGAGAAUUUUUUCUUCUGAGCAUUUUAAUAUACUUGAAAACAACAUUGACUUGAAAAAUUUCAGAACAUUUUUCAAUACAUAGUUUUAUUAAAUACUACACUCGAGAGACCAUUUUUUUAAAUGUGUUCAUGUCAAUAUGAUGAGAUUUGGGCCUUUCUCAAGAACUGAGGCAUUAAACAUAGCAGACAUGAAAGAAUAAAACUGUUACUUUUUUCCUUACCUUUUUUUCACUUGUAGGUUAAUAUCCAGUAUUAUGUGCUAUCCCUCUGGAUAAGUAUGCUUCAUCUUACCUCUGUUCACUCAAAUUUAAAACAGCUAUUCAUAUUUGUCAGUAAUUCAGAAGUUAUGUAUGUGGCUGAGUGCAUGUAUGGUAUGGUUCUCUUUUCAAGGAAAUUCAGAUGCUGAAGAAAGAAUAAGAAAUAAAAAGUUAUCAGGAAGUUGUAUUCAGGUACAAAUCUUUUUUUUUUUUAAAUAAGUAUUUUACUGCGGUUGAAGAAUUGCUGGCAAUUAAAAGGAUAGUGCUAAUUAUGGCUUUCAUCAUUCAUUCAAGUAUUUAUUGAGCACCUGCUUAUGGUGCUCAACACUUGUUACUGCAAGCUACCUUAAUUUUCCAAGAGUGGUGCCUUACUCUGUUUCUUCUGAUGUGGUCUUCCAAUCAGUGUGUGUAACAUACCUGUUAUUCAUCAGCCAUGUAGGUGGCUGUAUCUCUUGCAUCAUCAUAAGAAGUUUAAGCUUUGUGCUCUGAUAAAUUGUGUUUUAUUGAAGGGGUUAAUAGGAUGAAAACAGCAAAACAAUUUUUUCAAGAAACUGUAAAUUAUAAGAAAAUAACUGGUUUAUGUACAACCAUUUUAAUGAUUCCCUUGUUCAUUUUUGCUGUGAAAUGCACUGAAAAAAUCUCAAAAUGAGUUAUAGUUCAUGUGUUGGGAAGAUUGACAAAUAAUAAAACUAGAGAACAAUAA